GUGCCGCCGGAGGCCCUGCGCCUCUUCUGGCACGUCCGCCUGAGCAGCGGGGCCUUCUUCGCCCUCAUCAUGGGGUUCCUCGCGCAGGACACCUGGCCGGGCUUCGCGUUCGUGGUGGCCGACGUCCUGUGGGUGCUCGCGUUCGCGGUCGUCAGGUUCGUUGACCUUGUCGCCCUCGUGACCAACAGUAUCUACGGCAGCGGCAGCCUGGCCGGCCGCUGGACCCGCAUCUGCGCCUACGGCAAGGCGCUCGCACACCUCGGGGCCGCUCUGGUCGCUGCCACCUCUAUUGGAGCCGCGGCUGGGGCCCUGCGCAAUGCUUCCGGCACUCCCCCAGCCGCGAUCGCCUCUCCAGUCACCCCAGCCGCGUGGGCCGCCGGCUGGAGCGCCAAGAGUUUCGACUCCACGCUCGGCUACCCCGGCGAGGGCCCCCCAAGCGGGCCAGAGGGCGCCGGGGCCCCCUCGCAGCAGGGCGGGAUGGAGGGCGACACGCUGAUGCGGGACGCUCCGGCUGCUGGGGGACCGCUGGCGCCGCAUGACGGCGCCCUGGCGAUGGAGGUCGAUGCCGACCCCGGGGUCCGGCUCAACCGCCGGCGGCGGAGGGCAGCAGUAGGCGGUGGACAUCCAGAAGAGCACACCCCGCCCAGCGACGUGCUCUGGUUGUGGCAUCCAGUUCGAGACGAACGAAAUGAAGGUGGCCACAUGGGGGAGUCGGAACCGGGGCAGGAGGAGAUGCGCGGCGUGCUCUUCCGCCCAG